AUGGCAGAAUAUAGCCAAACGGGUAUCUUGACGGCGCUUCUGCUGUUCACUGUUGUCACUGUAAAAGACGUUUACGUCGGGAGGUCCAUGAUGACUCAACACCCAGCGCAGGCCUCUGACAGCCUGAAUAUGGGGGCUGACCGUUUGCGGGAUGCCGACCCACAGAGGCUCAGCAAGCAGACCCUCUACACUGGGCCAGUGCUGAAAUUCCAGUUUUGGUAAGAUUAUCGAUUUUUCUCUACAGUUGUUGUGUAGCUAUUUGUCUAGCUAACUAAAAGAUAGCAGGCGGUUAGCUAGUCAACGCUAACUAGCCUAUGCUAACUAGCCAUUUGAUAGUUUGGGGACAAUGUUUGAUGCUAGCUAGCUAAUCCUCUUAGCUAUAUACAGCCUUUUUUGGCUUCUAAUAUAGAAUGAUAGAAUGAAAGAACAGGCAUAUUACCUGAAGUAGCUAACUAUAUGCAGACUGGUAGUCUGGAAUUUGGUAGGAAUUUGGUGGCACAGUAGUCAGCUAUAAGGUCACAGGUACCUAAUUUAUAUCAAAUACACUCAUUUCUAACCAGUCUCUUUGUUUCUGUGUUACAGCAUCUCCUGAGGGUAUAGCAAGGUGUUCCAGGAGUACUCCCGGUCCAUCAGCCAGUUGUACCCGGAUAUCCGCAUAGAAGGAGAAAAUUACCCUCCCACAACCAUCAACAAGUAAGAUGGCACACCAUUGUCAUGUAGCCAGUAGACACAUUUAUUUCGUCAGUGAAUUUGGUGUUCUGAUCACCACUGUUUUUGCCCUCCACCAGAUAUCUCGGAAAUAUAUUUUCCUACUUCAAACUUCUUGCCAUUGCCCUAGUUGUCAGUGGACAAAAUCCCUUCCCUAUGCUUGGACUGGAGACUCCCAGAGCAUGGACGUGGACUCAAGAAAAUAAGGUGAGGGGUUUUACGGUUUCAACUUCAAUAGAUUUUGAAUAAACACACUUGAUCCCUUCUGAACAUGUUUGUCUUCCAGAUAUUUUCGUGCCUGAUGACAUUCUUCCUCAGUAACAUGUUGGAGACCCACUUCUUGUCCACCGGUGCAUUUGAAAUCACACUAAAUGGUGAGUUGAAUGGGGUCACUGAAAACACAGUCUUCACUUUACACCCUUGCAUGGAUAUACACAACAAAUUCAGUUAAAUGAUAUGUAAAUGUGAAUUCCACAUUUUGCGUAUUUGAAUAAGCCUUUGUCUCCUGUCAUUUCUCUACACUCCCUUUUAGAUGUACCAAUCUGGUCCAAGCUGCAGUCAGGAUACGUACCCAACAUCCAGGAGAUCUUCCAAAUCCUUGAUAAUCACAUUAAGAUGAAUCAAGUUGACAAGAUCUCCUUCCCAUCUCCGUAG